AUGUUAGACACAAAUGAUAUAUGUUUUGAAGAAGGUGGUAUCGAUACAGAUCGUAUUGUUACGGAUAAACUUCGCGUAGCAGAUGAGCUUUUCUGUUUAAUUUGCAAAAAUCUUCUUUGGAAAGCAAGAUCAUGUGCUUCUUGUCAACACUUAUUUUGUAACAAAUGUAUUCGAACGUGGCUUACCAUCAAUUCAACUUCAUGUCCGCUUCGUUGUUCUCCUUAUGAAGAAAAACGUGUUCCACCAUCUAUUUGUUCUCUUUUAAGUCGUUUGACCAUUCGAUGUCGUAAUAGUUCAUUAGGUUGUACAAAAGUCUUAUCGUAUGACUUAUUAGAAAAACAUGAAACUGACGAAUGUCAAUUUCGAACGAAGCAAUGUUUUAUCUGUGGAAAAUAUAUUAAAAUAAACGAAUUUGAUCGACAUCAAAAAUCUUGUAAAUUAACUACUCUUACAUGUCAUGUAUGUAAAUGUCUUGUAAAUCGAGAAUCAUUGGAAGAGCAUGCAAAGAAAUGUAUUUUGGGAAGAUUACAUGUCUUGCUUGAUCAAAAGGUAUCAUCAUGGGAUAUUCCUAAACGUCCAGGUACUGUGCCAGUACAGCAAGAAAAUAAAAAUAUGUUCACUGGAUUAAAUAAUCGAGUACGACGAUUCGUGCUUAGUCAACGAAAAAUUCGUCUUGCUGGAUUCAAUGUGGCUAAACGAGCUCGUCACAAAAAUUAUUGGAUUCGAAUUUGGACUAUGUUUCAAUUGAUUCUAUUGAAUAAAUCACGCGCUAGUCAAAUCAUCUGUUGCCUUCUCUUUUUUGCUAUUGGGACUAUUAUACCAUAUCCCAUUAUUUUUUUUUCACUCCUACGCAAUCAAAUUGAAAUGUUUUUUUAUCGAUCAUUAAUUUUUAUGAUUUUAUUUGUUGGAUUAUUUAGUUUCGCUUUUACGAUUCUACUUACAUAUGUUAAUGAUAUAUGGAUAAUUAUGUUUAUUUUCUUUGCUUUAUUAUUAGUAGGUUCAAUUCGUCAAGAAAUGCCAAUAGAAUACUUCCAAGUCAAUCAAAGUCGUUUAUUGAUGUUAGCAACCAAUUUAGUCCUUCUUUGUGUUCUUAAACUUUCUUUAUUAUUAAUACGUUUCUACUUUUUUUACAUACCUACUUAUAUAUCGACGAGUUGUUUAGCAUCAACAAUUAUAUUCUUAACAUUUUAUAUGCGUUAUUUUAGUAAUCAUCUAGAAUGA